AUGGAAGUGGACGAGGUGGUGUGUUUACCGCGGUUGUCCCGAGUCGCAGUGUGUGGCGGUACCCAUGGCAAUGAGCUGUCCGGGGUGUACUUGGUGAGGGAGCUGCUGAAGGCAAAGAAGGAGGCGAUGAAGAGGAAGGAGGAGGAGAAAGAGGAGCCAGUGUCGGUGUUGAUGGUGCUGUCGAACCCACGGGCCACGCAGCAGUGCCGCAGAUACGUGGACACUGACCUGAACCGCUGCUUCACCCACUCCACCCUCAACGGUCCCGUAUCAGACAUGGCCCCCUACGAGAUGAUCAGGUCCCGAGAACUGAACACGCUGCUGGGGCCCAAAGGCAGUGCCGAGGCGGUGGAUCUUGUUUGUGACCUCCACAACACCACCGCCAACAUGGGCCUGUGCCUCAUCGCAUAUUCUGACUGCGACUGGAUCUGCCUGCACAUAUUCAGACACCUUCAGAGGCAGAUGCCAGAUGUACCAAUGAGGUUCAUCCAUUUCGACGUCUCCAGAAAAGAAUCCUAUUCCCUCGAUUCAGUGGGAAAACACGGCUUCGCCAUGGAGAUCGGCCCUCAGCCCCACGGCGUGGUGAGGUCCAACAUCUACACGGCGAUGAAAGAUGGCGUGCAGCACAUGCUCGAUUGGGUUCGCUCCUUCAACUCAGGUACUACUUUUGAAGGAGGAUUUGUGGAUGUGUUCACCAUGAUUAAACACAUCGACUACCCAAGAGACGACCAGACUCACAACAUCACAGCCGCCAUUCACCCACAACUCCAGGACCGAGACUUCUGCCUGCUCCACCCCGAAGACGCGCUGUUCCAGACUUUCUCAGGUGAAACACUGAGAUACAAUGGCGUCGAACCUCUUUUUCCUUUCUUUGUCAACGAAUGUGCUUAUUACGAGAAGGGCAUCGCUCUCUCCCUGGCGAGAAAGAGGCACGUGAUGAUCCCCGCCAUCCGGGCGCAGACGGAGGCGGAGCAGCAAACUGACGGACAGGGAUUUGCGUCAGAAGAGGAGUGA